CCUGGCAGGGCUGGGAGCAUGGGCUGUUACAUGAGACCCAGAGUCUAUAUCUCUCUACCCUGAGCUGGGAGCUGUUGUCCCACCCGCCACUGUAGAGAGCUGCGGCACCAUGCUCAAGGGCCCGGGGCUGCCACUCCUCCUGCUGGCUGUCUGCUUGGGAGCCGAGGGCCGGAACCAGGAGGAGCGUCUGCUCGGGGACCUGAUGCACAACUACAACCCCCACCUGAGGCCCGCUGAGCGUGAUUCGGACGUGGUCAACGUCAGCCUGAAGCUCACCCUCACCAACCUCAUCUCCCUGAAUGAGCGAGAGGAGGCCCUCACCACCAAUGUCUGGAUAGAGAUGCAGUGGUGUGAUUAUCGCCUGCGCUGGGACCCACAAGACUACGAAGGCCUGUGGGUGCUGAGGGUGCCAUCCACCAUGGUGUGGCGGCCGGAUGUCGUGCUGGAGAACAACGUGGACGGCGUGUUCGAGGUGGCCCUCUACUGCAACGUGCUGGUGUCUCCUGACGGAUGCGUCUACUGGCUGCCGCCCGCCAUCUUCCGCUCCUCCUGCCCGGUCUCUGUCACCUACUUCCCCUUUGACUGGCAGAACUGCUCCCUCGUCUUCCAGUCCCAGACCUACAGCACCAAUGAGAUCAAUCUGCAGCUCAGCCAGGAAGAUGGUCAGACCAUCGAGUGGAUUUUCAUCGACCCCGAGGCCUUCACAGAGAAUGGGGAGUGGGCCAUCCGGCACCGGCCGGCCAAGAUGCUGCUGGAUGUGGCAGCACCCACCGAGGAGGCGGGCCACCAGAAGGUUGUCUUCUACCUGCUCAUCCAGCGCAAGCCCCUCUUCUAUGUCAUCAACAUCAUUGCGCCCUGUGUCCUCAUCUCCUCGGUCGCCAUCCUCAUCUACUUCCUUCCGGCCAAGGCGGGGGGCCAAAAGUGUACCGUCGCCAUCAACGUGCUCCUGGCCCAGACUGUCUUCCUCUUCCUCGUGGCCAAGAAGGUGCCCGAGACGUCCCAGGCAGUGCCACUAAUCAGCAAGUACCUCACCUUUCUCCUGGUGGUGACCAUCCUCAUUGUCGUGAAUGCCGUGGUCGUGCUCAACGUGUCUUUGCGGUCCCCCCACACACACUCCAUGGCUCGCGGGGUCCGAAAGGUGUUCCUACGGCUCGUGCCCCAGCUGUUGCGGAUGCACAUUCGCCCACUGGCCCCAGUAGCUGUGCAAGACACCCAGCACCCGCUGCAGAAUGGCUCCCCCACAGGAUGGUCGCUCACAGCUGGGGAGGAGGUUGUUCUCGGCCUGCCUCGCAGUGAACUUCUCUUCCAGCAGUGGCAGCACAAUGGGCUGGUGAGGGCAGCGCUGGAGAAGCUAGAGAAAGGCCCGGAGCCAGGGCAGAGCCAGGAGGUGUGCGGCAGCCUGAAGCAGGCCGCCCCGGCCAUCCAGGCCUGUGUGGAAGCCUGCAACCUGAUUGCCCUCGCCCGGCACCAGCAGAAUCACUUUGAGAGCGGGAGUGAGGAGUGGUUCUUGGUGGGCCGCGUGCUGGACCGUGUCUGCUUCUUGGCCAUGCUCUCGCUUUUUGUCUGCGGCACUGCUGGCAUCUUCCUCAUGGCCCACUACAACCAGGUGCCUGCCCUGCCAUUCCCCGGAGACCCCCGCUCCUACCUGCCCCCACCUGAUUGAGCCAACCACCCACCAACUGCUGCUAGACACGUGGAGUCUUAUCUGCUGUGUUCUUCAGUGGCUGAGGUCAUGAUGUGCUCUUUGGGAAGUGCCCCUCAGGGCCAUAUGAGCCAAUGGCCCGGAGAAAAGCAUGGGAAAUAAAGAGACGG